GGGCAGCCUCUCGGUCACCAUGGUAACGGGUUUUGUCCAAAAUGGCUGCAGCGCCAGCCGUUUGUUUGGUAUUUGUUAACCGCUGCUGUUUGUUUUUCCACCCUAAUGUUUACUGACGAGGUUCUGGACGGAGUUCUGGUUCCGUCGCUGUGGAGGAAGUCCCACCAGUCGGCUCAGGAGUCGAGAAGCUGUCAGACCAGAGCUGUGCACAGUGCAGAUGCUGAAGUCCAGACAGCAUCUACUUCUGUCAGCUCCACUCAGACAGAACCACAGGAUCCGACCACCGAGCUGCCCCACCAACCCUGUGACGACACAGAAGCGCCCGGCCUGACCAACUUCCUAAGGAGAGUUGAAGAUCUGAUGGUUGGAGAACUGGAAAAAAACUCCCGGAGCCAUGCUUUUGAUGGGUUCCAGACAAACUGGCAAGAUCACGAUCUGCAGGUUUCCUGCCUCCACUGCCUUCAACACCCUGGCGCUCAGGAAAAAGGUCUUCAGGUCACCAGUGUAAGCUGGAGCUGCACAGGUUCAGUUAUCAUCUGUUCCUUCGGUCGGAUUAAUGAUGGAGACUGGAGCAAUGAGCGGUCCUGUGUUUGCACGUGGAACCUGGAUCGUAGAAGCCUGUCCACCAAACAGGCUGAUCUGGUCAUAGAUGUUCCUACUGCAGUCACAGCUCUAAGCUGCCACCCCAGCCAGCCCGCCCUGAUUGCAGGGGGUCUGUACAACGGGGAGGUGGUGGUCUGGGACACCAGUCAGACUCAGGAUCCUGUACUGGCUCAAACUGGGAUGUCCUCAGACAGCCACAGAGAGCCUGUAUAUCAGGUUGCCUGGGUGCCCCUGCAGAAGAAAGGAGAGUUUGGAGUGCUGAGUGCCAGUUCAGAAGGAAGUGUGCUGUUGUGGAUGCUGGUCUCAGACAAGGCCCAGCUGAUCCUGAACGCUGCAUAUGCCUUAACUCAGCAGCAGGUUCCCCACAGCAGCAGCUCCAGCUUCAAGGUCCGUGGCAGUAAAAUGGUGGGUGUUACUUCCUUGGCUGUGUCUCCGUGGGACUCGGACACCUUCAUCGUUGGCUCUGAGGGCGGCCUGAUGCUCAGAUGCUCCUUCUCCUCUCAGACACUGGCUGCAGUGGUCUCUGAGAAGAAGAGUGUGGAGCUGAAAGCUCCGGCUGUGUUCUCGUUCAGGUCUCGUGGUGGACCCGUGUACUCCAUCCACUGCUCCCCUUUCCACAGGAAUCUGUUUGUGAGUUCAGGGACUGAUGGUCUGGCCCACAUCCACUCUUUACUGCAAGUCAGCCCGCUGCUGUCUCUCCGAGUUUCAGAGUCCUACGUGUUUCAGGUGCAGUGGUCCCCGACCAGACCUCUGGUUUUUGCUGCAGCCACUGGACAAGGUGAGGUGCAGGUAUUUGACCUGGGCUGCAGGUCCCUGAGACCAGCAGCCACCAUCAAGGGAGGGGUGGGUCAGGCUGCCACUUGUUUGGCCUUCAACUGUAACAACCAUCACCUCCUGGCCGUCGGGAAAGCGGACGGGACGGUCGAGAUCUGGCAGCUAAGCGCUGAUUUGACUGAGCAGCAACUGAGAGAAAGCGAGCAGCUGGAUCAGAUAGCCAAUCAGGUGGUAGAAUGAGACGGAUGAAACUGACCAUCAAAUGACAGAGUGAAUCAUUUUUGUACAUGUUGUGUUUCAACUGGAACUAAAAUAAAGACAGUUGACUUUUCCA